CUGUAAGUGGGACAGCGGCGCGGUUGUUAUGGAGAAGCUUUACCCCGCCGAGCUGCAGACAUGGAGCCGCUACUCGGGACAUAACCGGGCCGAUUAACGCGGAUAUGACUUCACCAGGCCCUUACAGACAACCUUCACGCGAAACAGGUCCCUGGUUCGGUUGUGUCCCAAAUCCAAAAACUGACUCCUCGGGAUGGCUGUGCUUCAUUUUCACGCUCGCUCCCUGGAAUUUAAGUGAAACUCACUGGACUGUAGUUAUGGAUCCAAAUCCUGAGGAAUCGCUCCGAAUUGAUCUUCUCUCUGCGAUGAGGAACGGACGCCUGCUCUGAGAAUCCCGUCCUCUUUCUCUACGCAGUUUUCGUUUAGACGUUCUGAUGCAGGAAAAAAAGUGGCAGAACAUCAGUGUUCGUCUCUUUUAAAUCAGGCUUGAAGGCAGCUGAUCUGCUCCGAUUCACUCCGAAAACAGUAGCUGAUGUCGAUCAAUCGCUGCUUAUUGGGCACAAAUCCAGAAAACCAACGAGGAAGAGCAGCCAGACGACCACUUUCACUGCUUCCAUCCUUUCGUAUUUUUCAUUUUUUUCAGUAACGCACACGUGUCUGUCCUGCUGUACUUGGACCAUUAUCACCGUUAAACCAAGAAAAUAAAGGCAAAGGAGUGAAAACGGGAUAUUUUUUUUUUUAAGUGUAAUUUUCACACCAGAAGAUGUAGGAGAAGGUCAGAUGUUCACUUAGAUCUUCACUUUAAUGCACGCGUCUUCCCUCAGAGCACCUUCUUCUGUACCUCAAGAUUUUCUUUUGUCUUUUUUUUUUUUUUCUUAUAUAAGUGGAACAGAAGCUGACGAGGCUGAAUGCCGUUUCUGAUGAACGUCAGGGUUCGGUUUCUAUUCGUCAUCACAUUUAACUUCACUUCAUGGAGGUUUGAUUCGUUUCAGCUUGAGCUUGCACUAUCCUCGGUGGAUUUAUCCUAAAUCGCCAAAAAAAAAAAACAAAGAGAAGAAGCUAAACUAAGGAAUAUUUUUGAUUUAAAACGUCGGCACAAUCAGGAAAGCUAAACUUAUAGCGAAACCACAAGGCCUUUUUGUUCAACAAUCACAAAUGAUCUUUGAAAUACGUUUAUUUUAGUCGUGUAUAUAUGCUCACUACAUAGAGUAUGACGUAAUGCACCCUACGUAGUGGACUUCACGUUUGUUUUCACCCAAACGCACAACUUCUUGUAAUUUCGUUCUAUUUUAAUGUCCGGAUUUAAUCCGAAACAGUUUUAAAAGAAGUCAGAAGAAGUCUGACUUGACAAUCAGGAACCUUCUCCACGUUGCUUCCCUACUUCAAGACAUUUCCUCCGUUAUUUAAGGGUCUUGGUUCAGUUUUUUUGGAACCUCCAGAGUCUGGAACGUUGUGUAUCAAGACCUAGCCUAGUUUUUUUUAUUAUUAUUAUUAUUAUUAUUCAUUUCCUGUCAAAUUUCAUCUUUCAUUUUUUUCAUUGCACACUUGUGGAAUAUUCAUCUCGCGACGUCUUUGUUUACUUCCGAGGUUAUUAUCGUUCGUCUGAAAUGGACAAGCACCAUCCUUAAGCUGAAACUAGAGCUGUAGUGGAAGUGAGAAGGUCUGAAGGUUUGAGAAACAUCUCCACAAUCAGGAAACAAAAAAGCUGUACUGGAACCACAAGGUGAACUGGCCCUGAGAACUUCAGGCCUUGGACAAUCCACACCGAUUACGUUAAAAAAAAAAACAAAAAAGACAACACAAGGAAUGAUUACUGCUUCACGAAUCUCAUAAUCAGGAUACGAGCCUAAACCAAACCGAGCCUCGGUUCUUGUCGCCGGAAAUGGCGGAGCACGGCGAGCUGCUGGCCGAGAUGACGAGCGUGGGCCGCCUCUCCACGACGGACCGACUGAAGCACGCGCAGAAGAGACGGGCGCAGCAGCUCAAGGGCUGGGCGCAGAUGGAGAAGGAGAACGCGCGCAUGGGGAAGAACAACGUCGCGCAGAAGAAGAGCGACGCCGAGAAGAAGGGCAGGAAAGACGGAGGAAAGAAGGUGAGGUUCCCCAGCAACAUCACGCUGCUGGAGGCCGCCGCCAGGAACGACCUCAACGAAGUGAGGGAGCUGCUGAAGAGUGGUGUUAGCCCAGACCUGUUUAACGAAGACGGACUCACAGCUUUACACCAGUGCUGCAUCGAUGACUUUGUGGAUGUGGUGCGCUGUCUGCUGGAGUCGGGUGCAAACGUGAACGCGUGCGACAGUGAGCUCUGGACUCCGCUACACGCCGCUGCCACCUGCGGACACACCGGCCUUGUCCAGAUCCUCGUCCAGGCUGGAGCGGAUCUGCUGGCAGUAAAUGCAGACGGGAACAUGCCGUACGACCUGUGUGAGGACGAAGCCACACUCGAGCUCAUCGAGGUAGUGAUGGCCGAGCAGGGCAUCACUCAGGAGCAGAUAGACGAGUGUCGUGCUGCCAAGGAGAGAGACAUGCUGACCGACGUCCAAGCACUGAUAGACCGAGGAGACAGCCUGAACGCCAAGGACCAACACGGGGCCACCCUGCUGCACGUAGCGGCAGCUAAUGGCUACUUGUCAGUGGGAGAGGUGCUGCUGGAGCGCAGAGCGAAUGUGGACGAGACAGACACGGACGGAUGGACACCGCUACACGCCGCCUCCUGCUGGGGACAGCUACAAAUGGUGGAGCUUUUGGUGGCUCACGGCGCAGAUCUAAACGCCAAGUCUCUCCUGGAUGAAUCUCCUCUAGAUGUGUGUGUGGACGAGGAGGUGAGGGCAAAGCUACUGGAGCUUAAACACAAACAUGAUGCCAUCAUGAAGAACCAGGACAAACACAAAGGCUCACUGCAGAGACGAGCGUCCAGCGCCAGCAGCCGGGGUAAGGUGGUGAGGAGGACGAGUGUGAAUGAGCGCAGUAGUUUGUACAGGAGAGAGCACCAUAAGGAGGCCAUGGUGUGGCAGGACAGAGGGAGACAGGACAGACAGACGGAGGAUGAGGAUGAGGACAGACAGACAGACGCUGAACUCAAACACAUGACGGCGGCCUCUAGCAGAGUCCAGGAUUUACAUUAUCCGGAGAACGACAGAGGAUUAGAAAACGGGGACCGUGACUCUGUCGUAGGAAAUGGCGGCACCUUUGUGGCUUCUUCAUCCUUGGUUCCCGGAGAGCAGCGUGGCGGUGGACGCAGGGAGCGCAGCGCCUCCUAUCAGCUGACUCCAGCACCGGCGAACGUUGACCCCGGGGACACGGAUAGCAUGACGCGGGAGAAAUCACACCAGACACUUGCCGAGCUGAAACGGCAGAGAGCUGCUGCAAAGCUUCAGAAACGGCAGGCUCCUGCUCCGCCGCUACUUCCUCCCACACAGGAAGAGGCGGGGCUUGCUGAACAAGCGGCGCAGCCGGUGUACUUCACACCUGCGAGCGGAGAUCCACCGCUGCUGAAGCUAAAGGCACCAGAGGAAGAGGAGCCGGCCAAUUCAAAAGAGCCGUGCUGUGGACUUAUGUAGGGAGUGCAAACGCACACACACACACACACACACACACACACACAAAUACACAAUGUUUAUUCUCUCCAGUGAGCAUAAUUGAGAAGAGACGGCCAAUCAGAAUGAACUAAGCUGCGGACUCUUAUAGGCAGCAUGCGCACACACACACACACACACACACACACACACACACACACACACAGCUUCACUGGAAAGCACAGAGAGCAGAAUUCCUCAAAUGUUCCAGCAAUAAACUGCGUCGUUCUCUCUCUCUCUUUUUUUUUUUAUAGUUAUCACUGUAAGAUAACGUCACUUCCUGUCCAUGUUAUCAUGACUUCCUGUUGUAUUUAUGUAAACCACACAUUCCUGUCAGAGGAGAGAGAAGACCGAGCUCGAGCACUUUAUUACUGACACCUCGACAUUCCAUGAACAUUCCAUUAACACGUGCAUUUGAGUCAUUGCUGUUAUUAUUUUUCCGUCUUAAUGGCUCCCUAGUGCACUUCACAGGGCGUAGAAAUUAUUAUUAUUAUUAUUAUUAUUAUUAUUAUUAUUAUACCUUAUAUAGUGAACCUGCGUAGAGUGUGAAGAGCUGAAUCCAAAAUGGUUCCCUAAUGUACAUAUAGUGCCGUAUGUAGGGUGCAGAAUCCCACGUCAUGCCCUAUCUAGUGCACUUCUAUCGGUCGAACAAUUCAGCUUAAAAUAUGGAAGUUAAAGAUGAAAGAAAUUCUCUCUCUUUUCUUAAAAGAUUUAUAUUUAGAGUAGAAUAAAGAAUGAAGAUAGGGAGGAAAAAAGCUGAAAUAUAAAAUGUGUGUUUUGAAGACUUUACAGAACAAAUCUCUCACUCAGGCUUUACUGCACAAACAAGCCACCAGAACGGCUGCAAAGAUUUAAGAGGAAUUAGUCCAAAUAUUUUUGUAGAUAUUAUUUUUAGAAGGAGAAACAUUUUAGCUGCGUUUUCUCACUUGUGGAAAGACCAGCGGACUUCCUGGAGUCAGUUUAGGGUGUGAACUUUUUUUUUCCUUCCAGUAUACAAACAAAGCUAAUUAGUUUUUGUAAGCAGGAUGUUUAGCUAUGUGCUGAAUGUCACGUUUUUGUCGCAUGUUAUUUGCCAUCGGGAAUAAAUGAGCACUAGAUUUGGAGUAAACUUCCUGUCACGUGUGUAAAUGCAACAGCAGAAUUGUAAUUUCUGGAGCCAAUCCUAAGCCCCACCCACUCAGCUCUCUGGAGCCAAUCCUAAGCCCCACCCACUCAGCUCUCUGGAGCCAAUCCUAAGCCCCACCCACUCAGCUCUCUGGAGCCAAUCCUAAGCCCCACCCACUCAGCUCUCUGGAGCCAAUCCUAAGCCCCACCCACUCAGCUCUCUGGAGCCAAUCCUUAAGCCCCGCCCACUCAGCUCCCUGGAGCCAAUUCUAAGCCCCAUCCACUCAACUCUCUGAAGCUAGCCCCUUAACCCCACCCACUCAGCUCUCUUGAUCCAGCCCCUUAACCCCACCCACUCAGCUCUCUGAAGCUAGCCCCUUAACCCCACCCACUCAGCUCUCUGAAGCUAGCCCCUUAACCCCGCCCACUCAGCUCUCUGAAGCUAGCCCCUUAACCCCACCCACUCAGCUCUCUUGAUCCAGCCCUUUAACCCCACCCACUCAGCUCUCUGAAGCUAGCCCCUUAACCCCACCCACUCAGCUCUCUGAAGCUAGCCCCUUAACCCCACCCACUCAGCUCUCUUGAUCCAGCCCUUUAACCCCACCCACUCAGCUCUCUUGAUCCAGCCCUUUAACCCCACCCACUCAGCUCUCUGAAGCUAGCCCCUUAACCCCACCCACUCAGCUCUCUUGAUCCAGCCCUUUAACCCCACCCACUCAGCUCUCUUGAUCCAGCCCUUUAACCCCACCCACUCAGCUCUCUGAAGCUAGCCCCUUAACCCCACCCACUCAGCUCUCUUGAUCGAGCCCUUUAACCCCACCCACUCAGCUCUCUUGAUCCAGCCCUUUAACCCCACCCACUCAGCUCUCUUGAUCCAGCCCUUUAACCCCACCCACUCAGCUCUCUGGAGCGAGCCCUUUAACCCCACCCACUCAGCUCUCUGAAGCUAGCCCUUUAACCCCACCCACUCAGCUCUCUGAAGCUAGCCCUUUAACCCCACCCACUCAACUCUCUGAAGCUAGCCCUUUAACCCCACCCACUCAGCUCUCUUGAUCCAGCCCUUUAACCCCACCCACUCAGCUCUCUGUAGUUAUCCAAUUGGCCUUAAAAAUGUUGCAGUAAUAAUUUGCUUCCACUGAAACCCUCAGGUUGUAAUUAUGUACGAUUAACCAGUGCAUUAAUGCAGAUCAGUGUUUGAUAGAGUGAUGGGGGAAAAUGUGAUACUCAGCACAUGGCUAAAGAAGCUGUAGAAUGAAGCUGACGCUCUGCUACACACAUUCCUCAUGAAGAAUAAUUAAAAACAAUAAUCCAGCUUGCCGUGUCUAGGGCUGGCCCGAACUGCAUUUACAGGCUUCAGAUAUCCAUUCUCAAAACCAUUAAUGUUUCUGUUUCAUAAUUAACCAUUCCUUUACGUACAUAUGUUCAAAAUAUAUCCAUGUGUCCACUUCAGUCUCCCAAUAUCACACCCUUGUGAAAUCUUUUAAGCAAUAAUAUUGUUUGAUUUGGUGGGAAAAAAAAUUAUACAAUAUAUUUUGUUGUAAAGAUUGAUUCAAGGAAACACAUCCAAAAUGGUCACGUGACCAUCUCCCUGGAACUGAAUCCCAAAUAACUUUGAAGAUACAGUGCACUUGAUAAACCGUUAUUUCAGCCUGCGUAGUGCGCUUAUGUAAGAGCUGGAAUUUAAAGACGAAACUUCCGAUUGAAUACGCAAAUGAUUCGGGCCAGCCUUAGAUAUCAUAUUUAAUAAGCGUUAUUAAAAUUUCUAAAAAUAUUAAAUAUUGUUGACUGUGUUAUUGCAGCUGCAAAUACAGUCAGUUCUUAUUUUACCAUUUUUCUCGUUAGUGCUCACAGCAGAAAAGCUUCCCGUCACAUGAAGACAAUUUUGGAGAAUGAAACGAAUUUGUAUUUUUGCUAACAUACAUUUAUUUGUCACAUUAUAUAUAUAUAUAUUUUUAAUAUCAUCCAGUUCUUUAUUGUGUUAAUUAUCUCUAAAGAACAUUUUUCUUGUCAUUAAGCUGUACGUGCUUUAAAAAUACGAAAGUUAUUAAUCGUAGGAGAACUUACCUUUUGUGCAGGAAGGAUGAUGAUUGGUCAUGUGCGAAGACGAAUGAGUCUAGCCGCAUUGCUAGCUAACGGAAAAAAACUUAUUGUGCACUACACGAUUGAGAUGUUUAGCAUUUUUAUGUUUGAUUUGGGACACGUCCAGCAUGAACGCUGUCAGUUUGAAAAUGUGUCGAAAUCUGAUCGUUUUAGCUAGUUCACUAGCUAGCUAGCUAAGAAUGCUACCUCGUGAAUUUGAAUCCUGACAGUUCGUUUCGCACAAAAUUAAAACUCAUGAGUAAAAGUUAUUAAACGUCAGAAAUGCGAUAAAAGCAAAACAUUGGUGUCUGUUGUUGUGGUGUUUUUAUGAUGAUCUCUCGUAGCUAGCGAGACGACUAGUUACUCUGUGUUUCUCACGUAAUUAUUCAGAAUCAUUUCUGGCACAAGUGAUGAAAUUUAAAAAAAAAAAAAAAACCAGGACCUGGAAGAUUAUAUAUGAAAAUUUUUUUGAGAUUUAUUUAUUUAUUUAUUUGAUGAAGCACUGGACGGCUGAGAAGGAAGUGCGAGUAUGAAUUUUUAAUGUCAGGUUAACAUCCGUUUUGUUGUUUGUUUUUUUUUUUUUUUUUUUUUUUUUUUUUUCCGUCCUGCUGCCUUUAACUGCUGUCUGUUUUGAAUUUUUUGGGACUGUACAAACUCAAACAGCAUAAAAGCCUAUAUUUUGAUAGGGAGUCGACACCGUUUUCUUGAUCGCUAUAGAUUUUUUAAAAAUAAGAUUUAUAUAGAAGCUAUUUUCAUGGCGUCUUUUCACGGUUGAAGAUGAUGUACUUUCAUAAUCUUAUAAAAAAUGUCUGAUAUUUACGUUGCACAAAAAAAAAAGCUCCGCUUGAAUCGAAUUUAAAUAAAAGACUUAAAACUGUCAUGUUCAUUAUUUUUUGUUUGAUCUUUUCAUUGAUGCUGUAUUAAAUUUUCAUAUUGCGAUAGUUCUCACUUUUUUAUUGUUAUUUGUGAUGUUUUUUUUUUUUUUUUAAAAUGACCACAUUGUGAAAAAAUUAUUGCUGAACAUUGAGUCGUCUCGAGCGUAAAUGACAACAUAAGGAUAAAUUUUUGCGGUAUAUUGUAUAACUGACAUACUGGCACGUGCCUAUUGCAUUCUGUCAAAAUGUUUUUCUUUUUCUGUUUUUCUCUCUCUCUUUUUUUUUUUUUUAAAACAAUUAAAAUUGUCUUUAUUUUAAAUAAGUUUUGCGUACGAGUGUGUAGAAGGUGUAUAUGCCUGGAAAAGUGCUUCAGAUGUCCUUAAGAUAAAAAUAAAAUUACACCCUUUUGUUUUGCUUGUAUGAAAAAAAAUGCAGAGCCGGGUUCUCCACACUGAUGAAGAUUUUAAAAAUAUGAAGAAUAAUAAAAAAAAAAAAAAAUCACUCUAAAAGACUGAGUUUGAGAUUUAAUGUUUUUUUCACAGUCAUUUUUAAAAUGUUUAUUUUUUAUAUAUUUUGUUUCAUUCAAUCUGUAAUCAGUAUUUUUUAUACACCAAUCAGCCAUAACAUUAAAACCACUGGCAGGUGAAGUGAAUAACGUUGAUCAUCUCGUUAGGUAGCAAGUGAACAGUCGGUUCUUGAAGUUGACGUGUUGGAAACAGGAAAAAUGGGCAAGCGUAAGGAUCAGAGAGACUUUGACAAGGGACAAAUUGUGAUGGUUAGACGACUGGGUCUGAUCAUCUUUGAAGCAGCAGGCCUUGUGGGGUGUUCCCAGUAUGCAGUGGUUAGUACCUACCAAAAGUGGUCCAAGGAAGGACAACCGGUGAACCAGCGACAGGGUCACGGGCUCCCAAGGCUCACUGAUGCACGUGUGGAGUGAAGGUCCGUCUGGUCCGAUCCCACAGAAGAGCUACUGUAGCACAAAUUGCUGAAAAAGUUAAAGCUGGCUCUGAUAGAAAGGAGUCAGAACACACAGUGCAGUGCAGCUUGCUGCGUAUGGAGCUGCGUAGCUGCAGAGCGGUCAGAGAGCCCUUGCUGACCCUGUCCACCACCCAAAGCUCCUACAAUGGACACGUGAGCAUCAGAACUGGACCAUGGAGCAAUGGAAGAAGGUGGCCUGGUCUGAUGAAUCAGAUUUUCUUUUACAUCAUGUGGACGGCCGGGUGCUUGUGCGUUACUGCUGAAGAAAUGGCACCAGGAUGCACUAUGGGAAGAAGGCAAGCUGGUGGAGGCAGUGUGAUGCUCUGGGCAAUGUUCUGCUGGGAAACCUCGGGUCCUGGCCUUCAUGUGGAUGUUACGUUGACACGUACCACCUACCUAAACAUUGUUGCAGACCAGGUAAACCUCUUCAUUGCAACAGUAUUCCCUAAUGGCAGUGACCUCUUUCAUGCUCCCUGCCACACUGUAAAAAUUGUUCAGGAAUGGUUUGAGGAACAUGACAGAGAGUUCAAGGUGUUGACUUGGCCUCCAAAUUCCCCAGAUCUCAAUCCAAUUGAGCGUCUGUGAGACGUACUGGACAAACAAGUCCGAUCCAUGGAGGCCCCACCUCACAACUUACAGGACUUAAAGGAUCUGCUGCUAACGUCUUGGUGCCAGAAACCACACACACCUUCAGAGAUCUUGUGGAGUCCAUGCCUUGAUGGGUCAGAGCUGUUUAUAUAUAUAUAUAUAAUUUUUAAAAAAAUGGAUUGUCCUUUUUCACACGCUGAAGAAAAUCUUGAUUUGAGUUUAUGACAUCAGAGCUACAUCACUCGGCUGAGACUCACACUAGGAGGGCUGUCUCUCUCUCACACACACACACACACACACACACACACACAUAACACACUUGCUCAGACUAUCGGCCGGCUUCGUCCUCAGUUCCUCACUGUCUUUUAUACUUUCUCUGACCUUGGACCCCAUGGGGUGAGAGGGUUGAGGUGGGAGGAGCUGUCCAUGGUUUUCUAGACUCUUUGAGGUCACAGAGGCCAAAGGUCGUUCCUCCCAGCUGAAGGUGGUGUCGUUCCUCAGACGGACACUGAGUGACUUUGAGUGACUUUGAGUGUGUUCAUCAACGGUGCCUAACUUUUUCUUGUCAGAUCCUCAUGGAGAGUGCUGUGGUCCUGCUAGACAAUUCCACAUGAACAGCACAGACGUUGGAAAUUUCUGACGUUUCUCAAAAUGCCAGAAUUCGGGUCUUGGACAGAUACAAACAUCAUCA